CAUCUGUGUGUAAUCGUGUUUUUCCUGUGUUGUGGAUGUAUAAAUAAGCUGCGGGUUUUCUAAAUCUCUUCAAGAUCAUAUAAGUUUUCGAACUGUAAAAUAUCAAGCAUGGCAAGGAUAUCAAGUGUGCUGAAAUUAAGCUCACUUUUUUGUUUAAUUCUCGUAUCACCAUGGUUGGCUUCUGCAGCUCUUGUCGAGCACAAUUUCACUAUUGGAACACAGAGCGUGACUAGAGUGUGUAACACGCAGACGCUUGUAACAGUCAAUGGACAGUAUCCUGGCCCGAGUAUAACCGUUCAUGAAGGGGAUAAUCUUGUGGUUCAUGUACAGAAUAAUGCACCAUAUAAUGUUACGCUACAUUGGCAUGGAGUACGGCAGAUGAGAUCGUGCUGGGCAGAUGGACCGGCCUACGUAACGCAGUGUCCCAUUACUCCUGGGAAUAAAUUUACCUACAGUUUUACAAUCAUAGGUCAGGAAGGGACGCUUUGGUGGCAUGCACAUAUCACAUAUCUGAGAGCUACUGUGCAUGGAGCUCUGGUUAUUUUACCCAGGCCCGGAAAUGACUACCCCUUCCCAAAACCAGAUGCUGAGAUUCCUAUUAUCUUAGGAGAAUGGUGGAAUGCCAAUGUGGAAGAUGUAAUAGCAGAUGCCGUGAGAAGAGGAGCUGUCCCAAAAGAUUCGGAUGCAUAUACCAUCAACAGCCAGCCAGGAGACUUUUACCCUUGCUCUUCAAAUGAUACUACAAGAAUAUUGGUUGAGGCGGGGAAAACCUACCUGCUAAGGAUCAUAAACUGUGCCAUGAUUCAUUCAUACUUCUUCAAGAUUGCCCAACACAACAUGACCGUUGUGGCCGUGGAUGCUGUGUAUACCAAACCAUAUGAAACAGAUGUGCUUCUCACACACCCUGGUAACACCAUGGAUGUGCUCAUAACAACUGGGCAGCAAUCCGGGCAGUAUUAUAUUGGCACCCGCGUAUACAACAGUCAACCAAUUGGAACUGGAUACUUAAAUACCACCACAACUGCAAUAUUACAAUAUCAGGACAGCAGUAAUACAUCUGCCCCACUGCUGCCCACUUUUCCUGCAUUCAACGAUACAACAACCGCAUUCAAAUUCAGUAGCGAGCUGAGAAGUUUGAGGGCUUCAGUGCUUCAGACUGUUGAUGAGGAAAUGUUUAUGACAGAGGGAUUUUCACUUGUAAGUUGUCCCAACAAUUCGUGUGCUGGGCUCUUUGGUGGUAGAGCAGUUGGAAGCUUCAGUAAUAUUUCAUUUGUAAGGCCAGAUAUCGCUGUUUUGCAGGCUUACUUUUUUGGUAUAGAUGGAGUGUAUACUACAGAUUUCCCAAAUAAUCCUCCAGUGGUGUUUAAUUACACUGGAAAUGUGUCACGGAGUCUUUGGGAACCCGAGUUGGGGGUCAGGGUAAAGGCUCUGAAAUACAAUAGUCGUGUGCAAAUAGUGUUUCAGAACACUGGGAUUAUCACAAUACAGAACCAUCCUAUACAUCUUCAUGGUCAUGAUUUUUAUGUUGUGGGUCAAGGUUUUGGCAACUAUAAUUCCCAAACAGAUCCUGCAAAUUUCAAUCUUGAGGAUCCACAGAUGUUGAAUACAGUGGGAGUUCCUACUGGAGGGUGGGCCGCCAUCCGAUUUACAGCUAACAAUCCAGGAGUUUGGUUAAUGCAUUGCCAUUUUGAAUCCCAUUCGGAGCUUGGAUUUGAGAUGGUGUUUAUUACAGAGGAUGGACCGGAAAGUUUGGACAAGUUGCCUCCUCCUCCACCGGAUCUACUUCAAUGUUAGAAGCCUAGAUGGAUCUUUUAAAACUAUCCUGUGACUCUUUUAGUAAAACCCAGCCAUAAGAUGGCCAAUUCCUUUAGAGGCCUGCCUUGUAUUUUGGAUUCCAUAAUAAAAUGGAUGCUAAGUUGCACUUUGAAAGAAAAUAAAGUGGAAACUCGACUCUUAACAUGUCUAAGAGUGUUUAUAUAACUUGUCUGGGCUCUUGUAACAGCAAUUAAUUUCA